AUGGAUGAGCGGUCGGCAUCGCCAGAGUUUCCAAAAUCUGGAGUUCCACUCCAGGAUAUUAUUCCUUACAACCCACAUUUCCGCGAGAGAACUGCCAGACCACCAACAAGAUCAUCGAUUGGAGUCGAGAAGCAGAUCGUGUCCGUGAAAUCUCUCCUAGAAGUUCACGUACCCACGAAAACAUAUGUACCACCAUUGGUUGCAAAGAAAAAGAAUCCAGUCAAAACUAUAAAGUCAAAGAACAAGGAUCAGUUGAUUAGACAACAAAGGGACCAGCGAUAUAGAGCUCAACAGUUGGAGCAAGCCAAGCGUAGUCAAAUACCAGUCUCGAAUUUGAGAAAAGUCAAAUCGGAGACAAAUUUAAAAUCGAUUCCAAAGGAGGCACUAAUGAAAAAAUCACUCGCUACUACAUCUCCUCCUAUCAAAACAGUAGAGUUCAUCAAUCCGGACUUGCUUGUGGACGACAAACCAUUAUUCCAAAAAGUCCCUGUUAUAACAAAGGAGCCAAAAGAGAAAAUAGAAAAAGUGGUUACUCGACGUGUUUCAUUGCAGGCUGAACCGAAAAAAAAUUUGCCUCUCCCGCUUACUAGGUCUUCGUCGUUGAGCUCGAUUAUGGAGAACCGACCCCCGAGUGGGAUUUCAAAUUCCUCUUACACUCGGCUUCAAAGACCAAAGAACAGCGCACUAAGACGUUUCACCAUUGACACGUCUCGCGCCAAAUCCAACCAGUUUGUCGUUUCUUUAUGUUCGAAGAAAAUAGGUAUAAUUGAAUAUCCGGAAGGUCGACCGGAUAAACAACCAUGCGAUGUUUACUGGCACAAUGUGGUACUUUCGGAUAUGAACAAAAUUGUCACCUCGCCACACUCGAGAGUGAACAAGUUUCCAGGAAUGACAGAACUGGCCAAAAAGAUCUCGCUGACUCAUGCGAUUGCUUCUAUGCAAAAGCUGUUUCCGGAUGAGUACGCAUUCUAUCCAAAAUCCUGGUUCCUUCCAGCACAUCUCAACGAUUUUCAUGCAUAUUUCCGUAAGGCGCAAGCAAUGGGUAAAACUGAAAUGUGGUUCAUUGUAAAACCAGAUGAAGGAGCACAAGGUACUGGUAUUUAUUUGAUAAGCAACCCAAGCCAAAUUCGGGAUACGGAGCAGCAACAAUUGGUUCAGGAAUAUGUGGCAAAUCCAAUGUUGAUGGGUGAUAAGUUAAAAUUUGAUUUUCGUGUCUAUGGAGUCAUUAAGAGCAUUAAUCCUCUAUCGAUUUAUGUGGCUAGAGAAGGAAUGGCUCGAUUCUGUACCGAGAAAUAUGAAAAGCCCGACUCGUCAAACUUCAAAAAUCUGUACGCUCAUCUCACGAAUUAUUCACUGAACAAGUCAAACGAGUCGUACGUGCAUAGCAACACUCUUCAGGAUCAGACCAAAGGUAGCAAACGGCUUCUCUCAACGGUUUUCCACCAAUUGGAGUCUCGAGGUGUCAAAACAAAACGACUAUGGCAUGACAUCAAGUUGAUCUUGGUGAAGACCACACUCGCCAUGCUACCUGAAAUUAUGCUUCACUACGAACAUCACUUCCAUGACUCACCUGGUCCUCAGUGUUUUCAGAUAAUGGGAUUCGACGUGAUGAUCAAAGACGACGGAACGCCAAUUUUAUUGGAAGUGAAUGCGGCUCCGUCUCUCACUGCUGACCAUAUCGUACCGUGUCCAGGACGAUCGUUAACAGAAGGAGGACAAAGAGUUAGGAGUAUUGUGGAUGAGGUCAUCAAACUCCCACUGGUCCGGGACACUCUUUUACUUGUGUUAGGACUAAUGGAUGAGGAAUACCAAACCACUAAUAGUUUGAAAGGAGAAAUAAAGUCUCUCGAUGACUUCCAAGCUACGAAACAACGGCGUAAGCCUCAUUUGAGCGAGAUCUUCCCAACACGCUACGGUGCACACAGUGGCCAUUUGCUAUUUCUGGACAAGGCCAUGUACAUUUACAUGCAAUUUGUGCAACUACGUAACAAUGUAAAUAUCACUGGUGCCGGAUUGAAGCAAUUUGUGAGGAAGUGCAAUCUAGCAGAUAUUAUUCCGAUUGUGCAAGUGGACGCGAAGGUUGCAGAGAUCAGCUAUUAUUUCACUGGGGAUCGGAAAACCAGUGCAAAUGGGCUACCUUUCCACGCCUUCCUGAUGUUCCUAUUCUUCAUUGCUGAGAAGAAGUUCAGUUUGGAAUCUGAUCUGUUAUCCAAAGUUCAAAGACUUCUUUCUUUUUGUGAUAUGAGUCUACGUCAUUAUGGAGUACGAUCUGCAAGGCUGAGGCGCGCUGAAGUUGAUUCGAAUGUUGGAAGCGUCGAAAUUUACAUGUUACCUUCGAGAAUGGCUCGGAGCCGGUCAACUAGAUAUGGAAGAAAGAUGUGGAUCAACCGGUUCUGGAGGAUUAAUAACGAUCAUCGAAUGAACUUCGCAAACGCGCAAUCCAUGCAAAUUGUGGGGCACGUCGUUGUGGAGCAGUGCGAUGUUCAAAGGUAUUCGGGAUUAAGAACAGAGUUCUCCCAUGAAGCAGAGGAAGAUGAACGCGAAACCAAAGAAAGUGAUGAAUACAAUGAUUAUGACGAUUAG